AUGGAGGUGCUGUGUAUUAUCUCCCUCUGCUCCGAUGUCUGGCUGUUCAUCUCUGCAGUUUACUCGGCGAAACAAGCGACGUGGUUGAUCCGGAAAAAUGCCAAGACCUCAAACCUUCCUCCAAUCAACCUACAACUUGUAAAUGGCUCAAUGGGCGGCCAUACCAUAAGUCACCCAAUUGAGCUUUCCGCCAACCCCAAGCUUCACAGGCCUCAGGCCUUUAAUCGGUAUCCAAUAUGUUUGCACCACACUUCUGGUCCACACCCUUCCGAUACAUGCGAUGGGCAGCGCAUGAGAAGCCCGCAAUUUUCUUCAGCAUCGUAUUGGGCUCUCUGGGACCUGUUGCUCUCUUUACCCUCCCGCCUAUUCGACGGUAUUUAG